AUGGCGGGCGCCAGGCCCGGCGUCCACGCGCUGCAGCUGGAGCCGCCCGCCGUGGCGGAGACCCUGCGGCGCGGGAGCAAGUUCAUCAAAUGGGACGAGGAGGCCUCCAGCCGGAACCUGGUGACCCUGCGUGUGGACUCCAAUGGCUUCUUCCUGUACUGGACGGGGCCCAACAUGGAGGUGGACACACUGGACAUCAGCUCCAUCAGGGACACACGGACAGGCCGGUACGCCCGCCUGCCCAAGGACCCCAAGAUUCGCGAGGUGCUGGGUUUCGGGGGCCCUGAUGCCCGGCUAGAGGAGAAGCUGAUGACAGUGGUGGCCGGGCCAGACCCAGUGAACACAACGUUCUUGAACUUCAUGGCCGUGCAGGAUGACACCGCCAAGGUCUGGGCUGAGGAGCUCUUCAAGCUGGCCAUGAACAUCCUGGCUCAGAACGCCUCCCGGAACACCUUCCUGCGCAAAGCAUACACGAAGCUGAAGCUGCAGGUGAACCAGGAUGGGCGGAUCCCGGUCAAGAACAUCCUGAAGAUGUUCUCGGCAGAUAAGAAGCGGGUGGAGACGGCCCUGGAGUCCUGUGGCCUCAACUUUAACCGGAGCGAGUCCAUCCGGCCCGAUGAGUUCUCCUUGGAAAUCUUUGAGCGGUUCCUGAACAAGCUGUGUCUGCGGCCGGACAUCGACAAGAUCCUGCUGGAGAUAGGUGCCAAGGGCAAGCCGUACCUGACACUGGAGCAGCUCAUGGACUUCAUCAACCAGAAGCAACGGGACCCGAGACUCAACGAGGUGCUGUACCCGCCCCUGGGGCCCGCCCAGACCCGGCUGCUCAUUGAGAAGUACGAGCCCAACCAGCAGUUCCUGGAGCGAGACCAGAUGUCCAUGGAGGGCUUCAGCCGCUACCUGGGCGGGGAGGAGAACGGCAUCCUGCCCCUGGAGGCCCUGGAUCUGAGCAACGACAUGACCCAGCCUCUGAGCGCCUACUUCAUCAACUCCUCCCACAACACCUACCUCACAGCGGGGCAGCUGGCCGGGACCUCCUCGGUGGAGAUGUACCGCCAGGCGCUGCUGUGGGGCUGCCGCUGCGUGGAGCUGGACGUGUGGAAGGGCCGGCCGCCCGAGGAGGAGCCCUUCAUCACCCACGGCUUCACCAUGACCACGGAGGUGCCGCUGCGGGACGUGCUGGAGGCCAUCGCCGAGACCGCCUUCAAGACCUCGCCCUACCCCGUCAUCCUCUCCUUCGAGAACCACGUGGACUCGGCAAAGCAGCAGGCCAAGAUGGCCGAGUACUGCCGCUCCAUCUUCGGGGACGCGCUGCUCAUCGACCCCCUGGACAAGUACCCGCUGGCCCCGGGCGUGCCCCUGCCCAGCCCCCAGGACCUGAUGGGCCGCAUCCUGGUGAAGAACAAGAAGCGGCACCGGCCCAGCGCCGCCCCCACCAGCUCGGUGCGCAAGCGGCCGCUGGAGCAGAGCAACUCGGCCCUGAGCGAGAGCUCCGCCGCCACCGAGCCCUCCUCGCCCCAGCUGGGGUCCCCCAGCUCCGACAGCUGCCCCGGCCUGAGCAAUGGGGAGGAGGCGGGCCUGGAGAAGCUGAGCCUGGAGCCUCGGAAGUCUCUGAGCGAGGAGGGGCCGCAGCGGGGCCCUGAUCUCGGACCUGCCGACCGAGAGGAGGAGGAGGAGGACGAGGAAGAGGAGGAGCAGUCAGACCCCAAAAAGCCGACCACAGAUGAGGGCACUGCCAGCAGUGAGGUCAAUGCUACUGAGGAAAUGUCAACACUCGUCAACUACAUUGAGCCUGUCAAGUUCAAGUCCUUUGAGGCUGCUCGGAAGAGGAACAAGUGCUUCGAGAUGUCCUCCUUCGUGGAGACCAAGGCCAUGGAGCAGCUGACCAAGAGCCCCAUGGAGUUUGUGGAAUACAACAAGCAGCAGCUCAGCCGCAUCUACCCCAAGGGCACCCGCGUGGACUCGUCCAACUACAUGCCCCAGCUCUUCUGGAACGUGGGCUGCCAGCUCGUCGCACUCAACUUCCAGACCCUGGAUGUGGCGAUGCAGCUCAACGCGGGCGUGUUUGAGUACAACGGGCGCAGCGGCUACCUGCUCAAGCCGGAGUUCAUGCGGCGGCCGGACAAGUCCUUCGACCCCUUCACCGAGGCCAUCGUGGACGGCAUCGUGGCCAACGCCCUGCGGGUCAAGGUGAUCUCGGGGCAGUUCCUGUCGGACCGGAAGGUGAGCAUCUACGUGGAGGUGGACAUGUUCGGCCUCCCCGUGGACACGCGGCGCAAGUACCGCACGCGGACCUCGCAGGGGAACUCCUUCAACCCCGUGUGGGACGAGGAGCCCUUUGACUUCCCCAAGGUGGUGCUGCCCACGCUGGCUUCGCUGCGCAUCGCAGCCUUUGAGGAGGGCGGCAAGUUCGUGGGGCACCGGAUCCUGCCGGUCUCUGCCAUCCGCUCAGGGUACCACUACAUCUGCCUGAGGAACGAGGCCAACCAGCCUCUGUGUCUGCCAGCGCUGCUCAUCUACACGGAGGCCUCCGACUACAUCCCCGACGACCACCAGGAUUAUGCCGAGGCGCUGAUCAACCCCAUCAAGCAUGUCAGCCUGAUGGACCAGAGGGCCAAGCAGCUGGCCGCCCUCAUCGGAGAGCGGGAGGCUCAGGCUGGCCCGGAGACAAGCCAGGAGACCCCGUCUCAGCAGCAGGGAUCCCAGCUGACCCCGAACCCCGCACCCAGCCCUCUGGACACUUCGCCCCGCCGGCCCCCAGUCCUCACCACCUCUCCCACCAGCCCUUCCCUCAGCAGCCCAGGUCAGCGGGACGACCUCAUCGCCAGUGUCCUGUCAGAGGUGGCGGUGGCGCCCCUGGACGAGCUCCGAGGCCACAAGUCUCUGGUGAAGCUCCGGAGCCGGCAGGAGCGCGACCUGCGGGAGCUGCACAAGAAGCACCAGCGCAAGGCGUUCGCCCUCACCCGCCGCCUGCUGGACGGCCUGGCCCAGGCCCGCGCCGCGAGCAGAGCCGGGGAGGACAAGAAGGAGGAGGAAGAGGGGAGGCGUUACCAGGAGUUCCAGAAGAGACAGGUGCAGAGUCUGCUGGAGCUGCGGGAGGCCCAGGCGGACGCCGAGGCCGAGCGGAGGAUGGAGCACCUGAGACAGGCUCUACAGCGGCUCCGGGAGGUUGUCCUGGAGGCUCACACCACUCAGGUCAAGAGGCUGAAGGAGAUGAAUGACAGGGAGAAGAAGGAACUGCAGAAGAUCCUGGACAGGAAACGCCACAACAGUAUCUCGGAAGCCAAGACGAGGGAGAAGCAUAAGAAGGAGGCGGAACUGACGGAGAUUAACCGCCGCCACAUCACAGAGUCCGUCAACUCCAUCCGCCGGCUGGAGGAGGCCCAGAAGCAGCGGCACGAACGUCUGGUGGCUGGGCAGCAGCAGGUCCUGCAGCAGCUGCUGGAAGAGGAGCCCAAGCUGCUGGCCCAGCUGGCCCAGGAAUGUCAGGAGCUUCGGGCCAGUCUGCCCCAGGAGAUCCGCCGGUGUCUGCUGGGCGAGACGCCGCAGGGGCUGGGGGAUGGACAUCUGGUGGCCUGUGCCAGCAAUGGCCACGCGCCUGGGAGCGGUGGGCACCUGUCCGGCGCGGACUCGGAGAGCCAAGAGGAGAAUACGAAGCUCUGA